UGUGCUGUUACCCGCUCCGUCCUAUAGGUGGCAGUGAUAAAUACCGAGUGUACAGCAUCUGUCAUUCACAAGGCAGAGAAGUGGGUGUCGACGGUGUUGUUGACAUUGCCCAGCAGUACUAUAAAAGUUCUCAGGAGUGAUAUGGCAGUAUUGUCAACCGCUUCAAAUAUAUGUUUUCAGCCGGACAGUUGAAAACACAGAACCGUCAGAUGACUGUGCGCUUCGGUUGAUUUUGUGGAAGUGGUUGUUAUCAGUAUGACUCGCGAUAUCAUUCUUGGAGAUGAACUGCCCGACUGGGUUGGGGCAAAAGAGUUUUAUCAGAAGUAUGAUCCCAAAGAGGUGAUUGGCAGAGGUGUGAGCAGUGUGGUGCGCAGAUGUGUUCACAAACACACGGGGCAGGAGUUUGCAGUGAAGAUUAUUGAGAUCACUGCGGAGAAAAUGACAGAACAGCAGUUAGAGGAGGUGAAGAGCUCCACGCUGAAGGAGAUCCAUGUGCUUACUGUGGUGAAGGGCCACCCGUCCAUCAUCACACUUAUUGAUUCUUAUGAGUCAACAACCUUCAUAUUUUUGGUAUUCGACCUCAUGAGGAGAGGAGAACUAUUUGAUUACUUGACUGAAAAAGUCACUCUCAGUGAAAAGGAAACCAGGAGUAUGAUGCGUGCUCUUCUGGAGGCUGUCCAGUAUCUACAUUCUCUAAAUAUUGUACAUCGUGACCUCAAACCUGAAAAUGUGCUGCUAGACGACCAGGGACACAUCAAACUUUCUGACUUUGGCUUUUCAGUCCAGCUGAGGCCUGAUGAAAGACUAAGAGAGUUGUGUGGAACACCAGGAUAUCUUGCACCAGAGAUUCUGAAGUGCUCCAUGGAUGAGACGCAUGAGGGAUAUGGAAAAGAGGUUGACCUGUGGGCUUGUGGUGUGAUCCUAUUCACACUUCUUGCUGGCUCUCCACCGUUUUGGCAUCGCAAACAGCUGCUGAUGCUGAGAAUGAUCAUGGAAGGCCGGUACCAGUUUAGUUCUCCGGAGUGGGAUGACCGGUCUGAUACCGUCAAAGACUUGAUCUCAAGGCUUUUAGUGGUGGAACCCACACUUCGCCUCACAGCCGAGCAAGCUUUAGCUCAUCCUUUCUUCCGUCAGUACCAAAAGGAGGAUGUGCGGCUCUUUAGCCCCAGGAAGGCAUUUAAGGCCCUGAUCUUGACUGUGUUAGCUUGUAUAAGAAUGCAGUCCCGCUACUACCGAGCCAGACCAUUAACAAAGGAGCUCCUAGCAAGAGACCCUUAUUCCAUCCGCGGUGUGCGCAAGCUGAUUGACGGCUGUGCUUUCCGCAUAUAUGGACACUGGGUCAAGAAAGGGGAGCAACAGAAUCGAGCUGCUCUUUUCCAGAACACAGCUAAAAUCGUUCUACUGGGCCUUGAAGACCUUGAAAACUAAAGGUCAUGUUUUUGUUUCUAAAGAUAAUCCCUCAUCUGUCCAUUAACAGUUUUAUUGUUUGUUCGUUUGGUUUUUUUUGUGUGGUUAGGGACUAUACCCGUCUGUUCAAUAGGCGCACAAAACGGCUAUUUAUAGAUUUUUUUUUUUUUUUUUUUUGUCUUCAAAGAGGGAUGGUGCUUUUUGGUUUUAACAGCAUGCCACGUGACCUCAUUUUAACCACUCACUGUGGAUUUUAUUUUUUUAAAAAUGUAUGGUUUUAUCACAUACUUAUUGGCGGCUGUAUAUCUUCUGAUAUUGUUUAUUAUAUGGACCAGCUUGAUAUGAAGAGAGAAAGUAAAAAAAUAACUAGGAAUUACAAUUACCUAUCAGACUGAACAGAGCUUCUAUCCUAGUCAAGCUCUUUAGCCUUUGUCUGUUUUUGACACAAAGCAGAUUGUAUUUGAAUUUAUUAUUACUGUUAUGUUUCGAAAACAAUUCCAGAUUGUUGAAGCCUAAACCAUAGAUGGACAGGGAACAUUUAACAAUGUGGAGAGGAUUUUAAGACUUUCAAUACAAAGCAUAACAUACUUGAAACAUAGCAUUACUACUGAGAGUUGUUUUAAAAUCCUUACAAAGUUUUGUGUGCAGGUUUUAUUCCUUUUAUUCUCUACACGUUUUACCACUUGUUGCUUUUUAUCACAGUCGACUAGACAUUGUCCAUUCAUCAUCAAGGUACUGUAGUAAUUCUAAACAGUUGAAUAAUAUAAUUACUGUAUUUUAUGUUUUUACUUUUUGAAAUGAGUGGUUUCCAAAACUAAACUAAAGAUGUGGAACAUAUAUUCUUACUUCUUAACUUGAAUUUUGGCCUCCAGUUUACUAAUGGUAUCAUUAAGCUGAUCAGCACUGUCCUGCAGACGUUGUUGUAGCUGAGCAGUCAAGUGCAUCACUUCAUCCCUCACUUCUUUUUGAACUAUGGACCUAAGCUCAGACUUUGAAGAAGACCCUUGUGGGAAAAAAAACAUAAACAUAUACAUGUAUUUAAUUUCUUGUAUGUAGUGAGUAUUACAUAUUAGAGCAUGCAGUCUGGCAUAAAUAUGUAAUCUCUAUUUAAUUUUUUUUUUUCUUUACAGGUUUUCUAAAUUACUAAAAUCUAAAUAAAUAAAAAUAAAUAAAUAAAAAUAUUUUUGCUUGAAUGUUUUAGUGUACAAUGGGCAUAAAAUUAUAAUUCCACUACAGUGUAUACUUUCAUUUAAAUUUUGCUAUUUUUAUAUUUUAAACAAAAAAAAAGACCAUUAAAUAUUACAUUAUGCAUUAAUAAUAAUUGGUAACACUUUACAAUGAGGUCUUGUCAGUUAAUAUUAGUUCAUGCAUUUUGCUCUCAUUAACAAACAAUGGGAAAUACAUUUGUUACAAUAUUUAUUAAUCUUUAUUAAAGUUCAUUAAUAAAAAUGGUGUUCAACUGUU